CUUCCCUAUUCUAUAUGAAUACCUCUCAUAUAAAUAAGCUCUAUCCACUUUAAAGUAUUGAAUAAUUUUUCUCCUCAUGACUUCUGCCUGACCUCCCACUAUAGCCUUCAGCAAAUUUCUAAUUUUAUGUUCUCAUUUACAACAGAAGCAUGUAAUCAGCUUUUCACAUGGAUGCACCAACUGGUCAAUGACUGCGAAACAAUGGUGUCAUAAACUGGUCCAAGGUGAAUUUUUCUUUGCAUCAUUUUUGAAGAUUUUGUGUGUUUACUCUAGUAGCAUUUAGCUUUUCCUUGGAAAUCAUGCAAAACCAAAGCUUUGUAACUGAGUUCAUCCUCUUGGGGCUUUCACAGAAUCCAAACGUUCAGAAAAUACUAUUUAUUAUAUUUUUGUUCAGCUACAUGGCAACUCUUGGGGGCAACUUGCUAAUUGUGGUGACCAUCAGCAGCAGCCCAGCACUCCUGGGCUCCCCCAUGUACUUCUUCUUGGCUUUCUUGUCCUUCCUGGAUGCCUGCUACUCCACUGCCAAUGCACCGAAGAUGAUUGUGGACUCUCUCUCUGAGAGGAAGACCAUCUCCUUUGAGGGCUGCAUGACCCAGUUAUUUGCUGGACAUUUCUUUGGUGGUGUGGAGGUGAUUGUCCUCACAGUCAUGGCCUAUGACCGCUAUGUGGCCAUCUGCAAGCCCUUGCAUUACUCUUCUAUCAUGAACAGGAGACUCUGUGGCAUUCUGAUGGGGGUGGCCUGGACAGGGGGCUUCUUGCAUUCCAUAAUACAAAUUCUCUUUGCUUUACAGUUGCCCUUCUGUGGCCCCAAUGUCAUUGAUCAUUUCAUAUGUGACUUGUACCCUUUACUAGAGCUGGCCUGCACUGACACUCAUGUGUUUGGCCUUUUGGUGGUGGCCAACAGUGGGUUUAUGUGCAUCCUAAUCUUCUCCUUGUUGCUUGUCUCCUAUGGUAUCAUCCUGUGCUCUCUGAGAACCCACAGUACUGAAGGGCGGUUGAAGGCUCUCUCUACUUGUGGAUCUCACAUUACUGUUGUGGUUUUGUUCUUUGUCCCUUGCAUAUUCACGUAUGCCCGACCUCCAUCCACUUUCUCCUUUGACAAAAUGGUGACAAUAGUUUACACCAUCCUACCCCCCUUGCUCAAUCCUUUGAUUUACACCAUCAGGAAUAAGGAAGUGAAAAAUGCCAUGAGGAAUGUGUGGAACAGGGUAAUGGUAGUUUCUACUGAAAGGUGA